AUGAGUAACACCGCAGUCCCAAUGCCCCCCCAGGUCAACAGUGACUCCAUGGGGGGCCGUGUGUGGGAGCCUUUCUUCCUCAUCACCCUGGCUGGGGCAGUAGGGGCUGUGGUAAUGUACGUCCAGAAGAAAAAGCAGGUGGAUCGGCUUCAUCAUCACCUGCUCGCCGUGUGCAGCUACAGCCCUGCUGAGAAGCUACACAAGGUUGAGCAGGAGCUCCUCUCUGGCGUGGGAAAGGUGGUACAUGGCUGGCAGAGUGACUACCAGCUCAAGCAAAUGCUCUUGCUGGUGUCAAGACACGACCUGACCCCCUUACCCUGA